AGUGUGUGAGAUUAGCGCCUGGGAUAAAUUGUCAUGGUUGUUUUCAUGCCAGCGUCGGAGGGAGAAAAAAGUUACGUUGUUGCGAGCUCCAAUCUAACGAGUUCGUCUUGAAGCCUUUUGAAGACUUUGAAGAACUUUUACACAACAUUUCCCAUCGCGGGAAACAAAAUUAUAGUCGAGGGAGCAAUGGGGAGCGAACCAGGCCCAGUUCAGAUUGUGACAGUGUGCAAGGAGGAUCACUCCUUCACGCUGGACGAGGAAGCGCUCGCACGUAUCCUCUUGGCCUCUGGCGUCCGAGACAAGCACGUGGUGGUGCUGUCGGUGGCUGGCGCCUUCAGGAAAGGCAAGAGCUUCCUGCUUGACUUCAUGUUGCGCUACAUGUACAGGAAGGGUGACGAAAACUGGCUGGGUCACGACGAUGAGCCACUCACGGGCUUUUCUUGGAGAGGAGGCUCGGAACCAGAGACGACCGGGAUCCAGAUCUGGAGCGAGGUCUUCCCCAUCCAGAAGAGUGACGGAACAGAGGUGGCAGUGAUGCUGAUGGACACUCAGGGAGCAUUUGAUAACCAGUCUACAGUGAAAGACUGUGCCACCAUCUUUGCCCUCAGCACUAUGACCAGCUCCAUUCAGCUCUACAAUCUGUCUCAAAACAUCCAGGAAGAUGACCUGCAGCAGCUGCAGCUUUUCACAGAAUAUGGCCGCCUGGCCUUGGAUGAAAUCUUCCUAAAGCCCUUCCAGUCUUUGAUGUUCCUCAUCCGCGACUGGAGUUUUCCAUACGAAUACACAUACGGCUUUAAAGGAGGCAAUGAAUUCCUGGAUAAACGGUUACAGGUCAAGGAGGCCCAGCACGAGGAGCUGCAAACGGUGAGGGAGCACAUCCACUCCUGCUUCACCAACAUUUCCUGCUUCUUGCUCCCCCACCCUGGCUUGAAGGUUGCCACCAGCCCGUCUUUUGAGGGACAGCUUAAUGCGGUGGCACCAGAGUUCAAAGAUCAGCUGCGGAUUUUGAUCCCCGAUCUGCUGCAUCCUGACAACUUGGCCGAGAAGGAGAUCAAUGGAAAUAAAGUCACUUGUAGAGGCCUACUCGAGUACUUCAAGGCUUACAUCAAGAUUUACCAGGGAGAAGACUUGCCCCAGCCAAAGAGUAUGCUUAUGGCAACAGCGGAGGCCAACAACCUGGCAGCCGUGGCGGCAAGCAAAGAUCAGUAUUACAGGAACAUGGAGAAGAUGUGUGGCGGAGACCUGCCCUACGUGUCUCCUGAGUCCCUGGAUGAGAAGCACCAGUUUUACUUUAAGGAGGCUCUCUACGCCUUCUCCUCCACCAAGAAGAUGGGUGGUCAGGAGUUUUGCGACCGCUACCAAGCGCAACUGGAGAAGGAGCUGGAGGAGAUGUGGGAGUCGUUCAGCAAGCACAAUGAGUCAAAGAAUCUGUUCAGCGCCUUCCGAACUCCGGCCGUACUGUUUGUGCUGGUGUGCCUCCUCUACGUGCUGUCAGGCGUGCUGCUCUUCGUGGGCCUGGCCACCUUCGCCCUGGUUUGCGACUGCGCCUUGGGCGUGGUCAUGAUGUCCAUGCUGACGUGGACCUUCAUUCGCUACUCUGGCCGUUACCGCAACGUAGGCGGAGCCAUCGACCAGGCGGCGGGCACCGUGCUGGAGCAGGCCACGGUGGUGCUGAACAAGUCGAGAGGGCAGAGCCUCGCUAACGUGAAGAAAACCAGUUAGAGGACCUCAGGCUUUUGAUCAUCUCGAAACGACGCAAAGCCGCACGCAGCACAGACCCACAUUCAGCACAAAAGCCUUUUCAUAUCACCGCCCUAACUCUAACUUCCUCCACCCCCCUCUCUGGGAGAAACACGCACCUCAACCACAAACACAGGGCACAGAGAAAAUGCACAAGUGAAAGAAAUAUUCCCAAAACACAGCAUCUGGAGUACCUGCAUUGGGACUCCUCGUGUUCAAGUUCAUUAUUGAAAAAGCUCACUGGUUUGAAUGCAUCCUACAUUCUUUUAAUACUGCCAUCUUUACAAAACGUUUAUUAGGAGAAACACUUUCAGACGGUUAUGGGAUACUUUUUGCAAACUAUUGUUGAAUAUUUUUCUAAAAAGGCGGGAUUUUGGAGCUAUUAUAUACACAUUUUAGAGGAUCCAUUUUUUUCUUUUACAUUUUGCCUUAAGAGCAUUCCAAUCACUAUCAAAAUGUAACAUUCCUGUGCAUGUACAGUAGUAGACUUUCAUUGAAGUAGCAAGGAGGACGAGAUUAUGCACUUUGUGUCAUGGUAAACAGCACCAAAUGAGAGUGGCUAGCUACAGUGAACCCCACGCUAUUCGCCAAAACCUGACAGUCAUUGACGCUCCCCUAAAAAGGCGGAAAAGCACUAUUAUUGUCAAAAUGAAGCCUUACGACUCACUUCAACAUAGUUUUUGGGCGUCAAAAUGCCACCAGAUGACAGCAAAAUUUCUAUUUUUGUCUAAAUGACGUUCAUCAACUCACUUCAACAUAGUUCCAUGGCACUAAGAUGGCACCAAAGGACUAUUUUUAUGUAAAUGGCACUCCUUGACUCACUUCAACAAAAUUCCAUGGCACCAAAAUGCCACAAGAUAGUGGCAAAGCACUACUUUUUCUAACCUCAACUCCCCUUUAACAUAUUUCCUGGACACCAAGAUGGUGGUAAGUUAAUACUAACAAUACUUGAAAAAAAUGUGCUAAUAGGUUUAUUUGUGAAUGCCAAACCGCAAAUAAGUGCAGGUUCACUGUAGUUUAAUCAACAAAAUCAUGCAUUCCAAAUUCUCUGCUGACCAUUCCCUUCAUGUUACACGAAAUAGAUUUUGAUACAGAAAACUAUAAUAUUUUUACAUUAUUUGUAGGAACUGGUUUCUGUGACAUUUACUACUCCAAAGUUUAUAUUGAUUGAUGAUCACCUAACUUAAUGAUAUAGUAACCAGAUAGCCAAAGACUUAGCUUCGCUUUUGCAGCCUCUUUGAAUUAUCCACUCUGUAUGUUUUAUGAUGACUAUACAAACAAUAUACUGUUGUGUCAACAAGAUCAUUUUUAUGCAACAUAUUCAAAAUAGCAGUAAAAUACUUCACAAUGUCAUGUGAGUGAAAAAGGAUGAUAGAAGAAUGUGUGAAUGUACUGCAGAAAUGGAUGUAGUACUGUAGAUUUGCACUUGGGUGAUGAAGCAAAUAAACAAUUGGAUCAUUCACCUAUUCAACAGUCGCUUCACUUUAACGGGUUCGGAGCAAGGACUCAAUGCUGAAGAAAAUAUUUAAUUUCGCUUAAAUAAUAAAGAAAAGAAAAUGUAUCCAUCCAUUAGUCAAUCCGUGAGUGUAGAGAUAACUGGAAACAUUAAUUGCUUAAGUUUAUGGUGGUCCAAGCAUGGCUUUGCAGGAAAUUCAUUUUGGGGCCAAAUAAUUGUAAUUAUGUUCCACAUCUCAGGAUAUGAUGGAAUUUAGUGGUGAUGUGCAAAUUUUCACUAUUUAAAACAGUUCCCAGGUCUCUUAAUAUUCUUCUGUCAAGACACACAAAUGAUAAGGAAUUACAUGCCAGCUUUUUCUUUUAGAUUUUGUCAUGAACGACUUUUCCAACCUUCUCGCGACUCUUUAAAAUAAAUGACAAACAAAAAAUGCAGCAAUUUAUUUUAUUUGGGGGGUGCAACUUCUGGAGUCUCUUGAGACUGCCUCCUGAGAAGGGGAUGUUCAUCCCUAUGCGUCCAGACUGCAUAUGAAUGGCGCUUGCUCAAAGCCACUGUUGGCUUAUUUAACCAGUGAUGACACUAUUUGGCAACAUUCCGAAGAACUCACUCACAAACACAUCGUCAGAAGUAGGCAGAUAACAAAAGAUGUACUUGGUUGUUUAAUUUCACGCUCUAUAUGGUAGGCAGACACUCCAGACGGGAGGGUUGUUUAUUUGAUGCACAUUCACAAAUAAAUAUAUUUCUGUCAUAAGAAUUGGACAUAUUUUUAAUUUAUUAUAUUCAUAAUCCUUCAAGGGGAAAUUGAGUUUAUGCAGACUGCUGUAUAUUGGUGUUGCACACCAAAUUACACAUGACUGAUGGUGUCUUUAAUCUUGGUGGGUCAUCGAAUUGCUCUACAGCAGCAGAUGGUAAUAAAAUUUUAAAUAUGG